AUGUCUGGAAUAGAAGCUAAAACUGGUCAAUAUUUAAUACAAAUUUCGUAUUUAAAUGACUUAAUUGGUUUUAAAUUAAAAAUACAAAAUAUUGGUAAACGAGAUCGAUCAGCUUUGAGUGAUUUUCACUGGCAAAUAUUGAAAUCACGUCAAAUGAUAUUUGAAAUGCCUGAAAUCUUAGUUGCUAAGCCUAAUGAGAAAUUAUGUUUAUUUGCUCUUAUGACUAAAGAAUUUUAUUCUAAUAUGAGCAUUUUUAAAAGCUUUCUAAACGCUCACAAUAUUAUGAUUGAGUACGAGAUUCCUACAGUUUCAAUUACUUUAUUCCAAUAUUGUUUUGCGUAUACGAUGCAAGUUCGAUUAUCACCAUAUUGGAAUUAUGUUAAUGGAUUAUUUAUUAAAGGAAAAUAUUUUAUAUUAGAAAAAAACCUUUUAGAUUCUGUGGAAGUAAAAAUAUCAGCAGAAAAUGAACAAACAAUGUCAUUAAAGAUUAAAGGAUUCCGUGUACAAAUGCCACCUCCGUCCUUAGAAGACUUUACUUCCAACAUUAAACAAAUUAAAUGUUUAAGAGAAAAAAAAAUUGAAAAGAUCAAUUUUGAAAAAAAACAAAUAUUGAAAUUACCAAGCUUACUACCUGGAGAAGUCGAGAGUAUUUCCACCAGUAUUCCAAAAUCUUGUCCACUUAGAUCGUACAAUGAUAUGCGUCGUCACUGGAAAAAUAUGUAUGGAUAUCGUCUUCCUGACAGUGGUGAAGAUAUCUAUUAUGUGAAUGUUCAUGUACGACUUGGUCAAUAUAUCGAUGAGAAAUGUUAUCCACAUAUUUGUGGUCGUUUGGAACCCAUUCAGCAAAUAUAUGUUCCAAACUCUGAAGAUAUUGUACAAUCAUUUGUUAGUACACUUGAUUCGAACAUGGGAUUAAAUAAUAUUUGCAAUCAUGCAAUUCGAAUUCAACCAUAUUUGCCUACGUUAAAAUCGAUGACUCAGGACUUUACACAGAAUAUCAGCUUAUGUACGCCGACGCUAAGAUCAGGAUCCAGUUUUGCAGGAAAUUAUUAAUAGUGGAAACGUAUCCAAUUUUUUUUAAAU